AAAAGGCUGCACUUAAGGACCUAGAAAGGCCACACAUGGCCUUAAGGCUGCAGGUUCCCCACCCCUAACUGGCUGUCUCUUCAGGAUAUCUUGAUAGUGAUGAUGCAAGGAUACAAUGAACUCAACGCUAGGUUGACUAUUUCCACAUGGCCAAAUGUAUUCCUCCUUGUCCUCCCCACCUCAUCUCCAUCCAUAAGUUACACAAGUUAGAAAUUCAAAAGUCACCUGUAGACUCUCUCUUUUUUAAUUUACCCAAGCACUGUGUCUUGGUCAUUUUAACUGUCCAAAAAUCUUUUUAUUCUUCCUCUUCUACUUCAUUGUUCACAGAAUUGACUUUGCACAGGCUUUCCUUUCUAUUGCCUGGAAUGUUAUAAGGCUAACCCAUCUCACUGUCAUUGGUCUUGGAUACUGUACCUUUCUUGUUUCCUCACCCCUUAAGUCCAUACUGUAGCCAAAGAGAGCUAAGGUACAAAUCUGAUCAUGUCAUUCUCCCCCACACAUAUUCUUCUGUAACUCCCUAUGAAUUUCAGGUACCUUAGAACGACAUACUCAGCCCUCCAUCACCUGGCCGCCCCAUAUCUCUCUAGUCUCAUUUCUCACUCCUUCCUGAUUUGUACUUACUCAUUUGUUAGUAGAUGGAACUUCUAAUAGUUCCCCCAAACACAUCAUGUGUUUCCAGAACCCCAUACCUUGAACUAGGCUCUUGCCUCUAUCCAGAAUUAUUGUCUUAACUGCAUUAGCUUGAAUAACUCUUGCUUGUCACUUAAGACUCUGAGUUUAUGAGUAUUCCUCAUAAACCUCCUUUGAAGAUGGAUGUAUGAAAUGUUACUGACAAAAGAAUGCCUGAAAAAAGAAUAUCUAGUUUGAUUUAAUAAAAUGAUAUCAGCAGUAGCACUAGCUCAGGUGGGUGGUAAGACACCCUCUAGUCAUAUUCCUGCCACUCACCAGCUGUGUGACCUUGGACAAAUUAUUGGACUGCUCUAGUUCUAAAUUUUCUUUUGCCUGUGAUGAACUCUUUAAGCUAGAAGCUUUCCAAAGUUCUCUCCAGCUUCCGCUUUUUGCAUCUUUUCACUAAGGACAGAACAUCUCAGAGCUGUCAAUAAAUCAGCAGUUUAGUACAACUACAAGCCUUGUUGUUUAUUGAUCACUCUUAGGUAAAGUGGCUUUUAUAUGAAAUCAAUACAUGUGUUAAAUGUAUUCAAAGUAAUUGCUUUAUAUACUUAAAGGAAUCACACUGCUCAGAGAAAUGAAGUUGGCCUAGCCCCACCUUGUGGACUGUAGUGUUUUUUUGUUUGUUUGUUUUUUCCUUCUUUCAUUGAAAGCUACCAGUUCUGGGAAGAUAGAUCUUGCUUGGCAGAGAGGAGGGAACAUGGAUUUUUGAAAUCAGACCUGGAUUCAAAUCUUGACCCACUGUAAUUUUCUUUCUUUGUGACUGACCUUCAGGAGGUUACAUAACCUCUCUCUGCUUCCUCUGUGCUAAAAUGGAGAUGGUCACUACUAAAGGACAUUAGUAGGUCAAACAUUCGUCAAAUUCAGGACAAAGUAUACAAACAUAGGAGGCACCCAGAUGUUGUUGCUAUUGUUGCUAUUACACUAGCUAGGAGAGAUAAGAUCACUCAGCUAAUGAUGCCCAAAACUUCGAUUAUGCAGGGUACGUUUAUACCAGUAUCACGUAAUCAUGAGAUUCUCUGAUGUUAGGUUGAGAGACAAUUCAGGAAUAAAUUAGUUUGAUUCAUUUAUUUUACAGAUAAGGAGCAUGAAAGCCAGAAAGGUUAAAUGAUUUAUCCCUAAAUAAUUAUCAAUUGAUGUCCCAGGAAUUUGAACCCUGUUCUUCUGAGUCAAAGUGUAAUCCCUUCCCUUUAGUUUAUGCUUCUCAAGCUUGAGCUUGCAUCUCAGUCACCUAGAGAGCUUGUAAAACACAGAUUGCUUCACCCACCCCAGAGAUUCUCAUUCAGUAGGUUUGGGGUAGGCCUGAAAAUUGCAUUUUAUUUAUUGCUGAUGAGGUACUUUGAAUAGCAUUGCUAUAGACAAUCCCAUUCUGAAUUGGCUAGGAAGAGUUCUCAGCUUUCUUAAACACCUCACUUUUGGGAAGUGACAAAGAGAGAAAGAUGAAACCAUAUGUCUUGAUUAUGUCCUGUGAGGUUUUGUAUGGGAUACAGCACUGCCAAUGAAUGCAGUAUGAGCUAUUCUCCUCUUGCUGCCUUUUCUUAGACAAGAGGUGUUAAGUUUCAGCAAAACAUUCUCCCAGGCUUAUUCUAUAAAAACUACAGUUUGUUUUGGCUGAUGUGUUUAUAGUCACAUUCGGAGCUUACAGAAUGCACAUUGAGAACUGCAGUGUCUGAGAUGAGAAAUUGGCUCUCGGUCUCAUUUACUUUGUGCAGUGGAAAACCUCGCCGCUUUUGUAUUUCAGUGGUGGGAGAAAAUGCAGCCACAGUAAACGCUCUCCGGAAAGAUGAAAGGCGGAAUGAGUUUGAGUAAUUGAACAGUGCCGCCUAUUUAUCUCCUCAGAGAAGAGGGAAACUGAUUAUAUCCCCAAAGUUCAUUCGUUAAGCGGGCAGUUUAGAGCUCCCAGCUCCUAUUUCCAUAGAAACAAUCCUGCUCUUUCAACUGUAUUAUGCAUUACAAAGAGUUUUUAAUAAACUUAACCUGGAAACCAAAUUACCACUCCUAAAAUUAUUUCUGGGGGAAAUAUGUCUUUUGCUUUGGGAUAAGAAGGAAACAGAGGGUCCAAGAACAAAUACGGAGCAUUUCAUGGAGAAAAAGGUGUUGCAGCGGGUCAGAUGAGAUUCCAUCCCAGUGCCAGCAAAUUUUGUGCAAAAAUGAAAGCACUUUAAAACUCUCUCAGUUUCCUUAUCUGUUAAGGGCAGAUAAUAUACACCUCACAGAGUCCUUGUGACAGUUAAACACGAAAAUAUAUGUGAGGGCUCUGCUAUCAUAUCUUGAACAGACUAGGGACUCCAUAAAUUAUUGUUGUCAUUUCUUAAGGAACAUGCAUUCUCUGGCUCCUAUUUAUUCAUUUUCCUCCUUUUUAUCACUCACAGAACCAUGAUCACUGAAGAGGCAGGAAACAGGAGGAGGGAGGGCAGCGCAAAUUCUACCUUCCUGGGUGAUGAAGAGCAAUUCAGCUCCACCCAGUUCAAAACUAAAAUGUACUGUGCCGAUGCAUCUGGACACUCAAAAAGAAACAUUCAGAGCUCUCAAUUUCAGCACCCAUCUGCCUGGGAAGGCAGGUUAAUAAUGUUUUGUUAGAGCUCAAACUAUUUUUGAACUUUGCUUACUUAACUACAUUUUCAGUUUUCUCAUAAGCAAUUUAUGAAACAAUUUCAUAGUGUUUUCUCCUAAAGGAAAACUGCAAAAUAUUUUUCUCUAUUUACAUUUCAGUACGAAUUAUUUAAGGGUGAUGUAUUGCAUCUAUUUAUGUUAAUGAAGGGGAAAACCAUGUGUGCUUAUGAAGGAGAUUGUUUGUGGCUGCGAGUAGAUAUUACAGCAACAUUCAUCAACUCAUUAUCAAGCACCUUCUACCUGUCAAGUCUGUGCUUGGUGCUGGGGAUUGUAAACAAAGCUGAGAAAAAUUCUGCCUAAUGGCAUUUAGAGUCAAGUAUGGAAAACAAGAUAAAGAAAAUAUAUAGUCUGUAUGAUAGUGGUAAUUGCUAAGAAGUAUUAAAGGGUUUGAAAAAGGUGAGGGAGAAUUGGGAGUGGAAGAUUGUAAUUUUGGAUAAGGUGCCUUCUUACUAAGGUAUAGGUAAGGAAACCACAACUGCAAAGGCCCUGUGGUAGAAGUGUGUCCACUAUGAUCAAUGCACACUGUAGCUGGAGUGAGUAAGGGGUAGAGAGUGAGAGAUGAAAUCAGACAGUUAUCAUAAAAGACUCAUACUCCAUUUUAAUGGGCUUUUAUUUUUUAAUUUUAGAAAAAUGUGAACUAUUGGAAGGUUUUUGAGCAGAAGAGUCACAGGAUUUGACCUGUGCUUUAAAAGAUCGAGUCUGGCUUUUCUUUCUGUAAAAUAGGAUGUGGGGAGGCAAGGGCUGAGAUGACUAAUUACAGCAGUCAUGAAGGAGAGGAUGAUGGCUUUGGUCUAAGUGGUGGUAGUAAGGUACCGAGAGUUGGCCAAAUGUAUUUGCUAAUGAUUUGUAGCUGCAGAUUCUUCAGCUUGGCAUCUGCUGGAAUAGGGGUUGUAUGCCUACCUGGAGAAUUCACUAUUCUGAGACAGGUGGAGGUGGGAAGAGUCCACACAGCAAAAGCAUUUGAUUUUAAAUUGUCAUGAACAAAUACUUACCUACUGCAUGCAUAUUCUCAAUUCUCUUUUGCUCCAUUCCUUGAAUAUGACUGAGUAAUCCAAAGGUAGAGAUGAACAUUCUGGAGAGAUUAAGCUGCCUGUACUAGCAAAUUCCGAAUUGUGUUGUACAAGUCUUGCUUCCUUCUUGCUUCAAAUCUGUAUGCACCAGUCUGUUAGUCUUUUAUACUGCAAUUAGUUUUGCAAGUAACCUCUUAACUUUCAACUGGAGAUGCUAACUUUUUUUCUGGAAACUUGAAUAUCAUCUUGGACUCAUUCCCCCUUCAGCUUUCAUGGUUAAUUGGUUCACAGUAUCUGCAGUUUCCAUCACCUGUGUGUCUCUCACAUCCAUCCAAAUCUCUCCAGCCAGUUGGCCACAUUCCUAAUUCAUAUCUUACCUGAAAUUCUGGAAUCGCCUCUUAAUUAAUUUCUUUGCCUUUAGAUCAGCCACGCUCAUCCCAAACCCUCAAUCAAUUGUCCACACAGCAACCAUAGUGAUCUUUCUAAAGCAGAAAUCUGAUGCUUUUGUACUUCUGCUUACAACCCUUCAAUGGUUCCCGUGUGUCCUCAAGAUUUAAAAAGCAAACUCCUUUAGUGCGCUUAACAGAGCCUUUUGUGCUCUGGUUCCUGUUUACCUUAAUAGCUCCCUGUGUUGAAAUGUGAUUUAUUCCCAGUCAUCCCUCCAAUGCAUCCACUCUGUGUUGCUCCUUCCCAAACUCACUCAGGGCCCUGCUCUUGCUUUAGUCUUAGAUGAAGUAUAAUCUCCUUCUUGGUUCCAAGCUGUUACACCUACUGUUCCCCCUACCAGUAACACAUUUUCUCAUCUUUGUCUGACUCUGCUUAUAUUGAAGAUCUUAGCUCAGACGAUGUAUUUUUGUUUGUUUGUUUUCAGAAAACCUGUCUAGAACCAAGUGUGGGUUAAGUGUCUGUCUAAUGAGUUCUCAUGAUGAACCACCUUUGCUCUCACUACAAUAUUUAAUAACUGCCUCCUUACUUUUCUGCAUUCUCCUUUGGACUGUAGAUUUCAAGAGAGCAGUGGCUAGCUCACUUUAUGCAUGUAAUAUCCCCAGUGCCUGGAUCAAAGUUAAGGACAUACUGGAUGCUCAGUAGUACAUGUCGAAUUGUCUUGGAUUGAAUGGAAAAGCUUAAGAACUUUAUGAUUAAGUACACAGACUGUAGGCUUUAUUCAUAUUAGUGUCAAGGUAUUGAGUCAUCCUUCAUUUUGGGUACUUCUUUGCAAAGAGCUAUUAUGCUUAUGCUGGUCUAUGACCCUGUCCUCAUCUCUUACCACUGCUGAAGAAACAAAGGUUUCCUCAAUUCUAAGCCAGAAUAUUAAAAGAAAUGAGAUAUGGAUUAAAACUUCAGCCUUCCACUAUUUUAGACUUAAAGACUACUUCAGUAGGCAAAAGGACCUCAGAUCUAUUUUAUCUUACCUAUUCAUUCUAUUCAUUUAACCAUGUCAAAAUAAUGCAAAAGCAAAGUCUAGCUGUCUUACACAAGUCUUCUCUGAUAGUGCAGCUAUAGGCUUUUAUUGUAGAUUAUAUGUUAUAGUUGAAAAUUCCUUUUAUCAUUACUUUUCCCUUCUACCCCUGCCCUCCAGUCCUCUGCACAUGUACACACACCUACAAACACCCCUUGUACACACACUUGCCCAAAGCUUAUUGGUUCUAAGACUACACUUUAACUUGCAAAUAAUAGGGUUUCUACAUUGAACACAAUGGGCCAUCCUCUCUCUGAAGCUCUCUGCUCUCCUGACUUUCACAAAAUAUUAUAUUCUAAGGUCUCCUUUGAUGUCUCUCACCAAUCCUGCUCUGGCACACUUGGCUUCUCUUGCUCCUAGAAGGUUCAUUCUUUGCUCUUAUCUCUCUCUACACCUCUCUCUCUCUCCUGAAUAUCUCAUUCACGCUUGUCAUUUGAAUUAUCACCUUUAUAUGGAUCAAUCCCAGAUUUUUAUUUCUAUCUUUGGCCCCUCUCCCAAGGCAUAGCUCCACAUUUUAUAAUAACUUAUCCGCUCAGCAGCUCUACUUGGAUUCCCUGCUGGUUUCUCAAACACAACUUUAUCAAAAGUUCAAUUAUUUCCACCUCCCUGUAUGUUCCUGUGUCUAAUUUUAUUCAGGGGUAACUUGGAGCAGCUAUCUGGCCCUUCCAGGGUUUUCUUUGUCCUGAAAGGACCCCAGAUCAUAGAAGUGGGUUUCCAAUGCUCUUCUGCACUCAAUGCCAUGCCUUCGGGCUACAAUGGAUUGAUCCAAGAGUAUUUGCCUUGGGCCAAGUAGAAUCUUUCUCUUUGAUGUUUGAAAUUUGGAGGUGGGUAUAUGCCAUGGUCAAGAGUACUAGAGAUAAGCAUGUUAAGGGUAGCCUACUCAAGAAGAGGUGAGUGAACUACAGCUGCAGGUCACCCACAGCUUCUAUUUUUCUCUCCUUUCCUACGUCUUGGUUGUUCAGUUCUUUCUUUAAGUUCUUGAGUUAUCACAGCUUCCUUACAAUACAUUCCCACUAACUUUUUAAUUGUUUUGCUAGUCAGAGCCAGUGAGAUAUUGACAAAUAAAUCCUCAUGUUUCACAAUCAGUUCAGAUCACCCUUGAGGUCCCCUGUCCUCCACUUCUGCCUCACACUGGCUGCCGUGUUCUGUCAGUUUCAGCUCUGUAGCUUUGCUAGUUUCUGUGUCCCAUCCCUUUCUACCCACUGGUAUGACCUCUAGCUUAGACCAUUACAAUCACCUAUUCUGUUUCGAGUUUCUUUUUUCUUUUCCUUCAAGGUUUUGGUUGCUUUUCUUUUCUUUUCUUUUUUUAGUUAUUACCAGAUGAGGAAAACAGGACAUGGCUAUGAUCAUGCCACUCAAUUGCUCAGAAACGUUCAUCAGAUCCUCAUCAUUCGACUCUCUUAUAGAUGCUUGCAAUUCUUCAUAGUCUGCCUGCCCAUUUCCAGUCUGAUGAACUCCCCUUUGAAUCCACUGCACGAUAAAAUGAAAUUAAUGAAGUUACUUGCUAAUCUCUGAUUAUGAAGUUGCUGAUACAAUUCAUGUGAUUUCAAAUGCCUGAAUGAAAGAAGAACCCUGCCUGAUGUCAUUCAUUCAUUCAACAGAUAGUUAUGGAAACUGUGCAACUGAAAAACUCUCCUCUAGUUUUUGGAAACUCAGUGAUGAAUAAGGUUGAUACGGGGCACAUGUGCAGGGAACAUGUUCACAAGUGGGAUGAAAUGGGAAAUUAAUAUGCUAAGAAAUGUGAAAAAGAUAAAUUUCAUGAAGAGUGGUGAGUGCUACAGAGAAAAAAACAGCAAUGUGAUAGAGAUUGAGUGGGCAGUAGUGACAGAGACACAGAAUAUUGCUGAUACAGUGGUCAGGAAGGGCCUCUCUGAGAAGGCAACAUUUUCGACACUAGAACUGAGUGACAAGAAAGAGAAAGAAGGAGAUGGUAAGGGAAAGAACAUGCCACAUAGGGAUCACAAAGCACAAAGACCAGAGGUGGGAAUAAUCUUGGUUUAUUCAAUGGUUCAAAAACUAUGUGGGGAUAGAACUGUGAUGAGGGGGUUUAGGAGAGGAUGAAUCUGAAUUAAGAUCAAAGUCCCAAAACACAGCAAGGAGUUUGAAUGCAUCCGUAAUAUAAAUGAUAGCUAUUAGGGGCUAGGAAAGUUAUAUGAAAGGUAUGCUCUUUAAUUUGGUUGUCGUAUAAAAAUAAACCAUAGUGGUGUGAAAGUGAAAGCAGAAAAAUCAGAUGGGAAUUUGUUGAAUGGUGUCUUGGCCUAUAUGUUAACAGGGUUGGUGAGAAGUGAUCAGAUAGAGAGUGUGCUUUGGAAGUGGAGCCAACAGGGUAUGUUGAUUGGAUUAUACCAUAACUGGGGGGCUUGCAUUUUUUAGCACAUAGUAGACACUCAAUAAAUGUUGAUUGACCCACUGAAGAAAUAAUUGAACUGCCAUUCACAGUCAAACUCAGACUCCAUGGAGCACUCCGGGAUCAACUUCAACCUCUAACUUUCCUGCUUCUCUCUUACUUCUGAAAUGCCACCACAUUUUAAACACAUUUCCUCAUGGAAACUAAUAUUCUUGUUCAGUUCAAUAACUUAUGUACAUUUCUUCCCUUCCCUCCAAGAGUGUAAGCUUCUUCCCAGUACUUAUCCCUCGCAGUUUCUUGCGAAUUUUGCAUAGCACAUGGUCAGUGUCAACUUUUGUGAAGAGUGAAUGCAUAACUGCAUGGAUGAAGUGAGGUGGAAAUGAUGUGAAAGUCAAAGUCCUCAGAUAAAGAAGCGAUUACUGAGCUGCAGCAUCUGAAAUUGGAGGAUCUUACCAAAUAGAUUAAGCAAUUACACAGCUCAGUUACUUUAGGCUCUGCCUUGCCUGGGAGCCAAGGACUGACUGAGUGGGUUCUUUGAAACCUGAGAGGCAACGUGGCUCUACCUUGUGCAAAUGGAAAUAGGUUCUGACGGUAGAACUAAGUUCGAGGCUCAGCCACUUACCAGCUUCAUAACAACCACCUUAACCCUUCUGAACCACAGUUUCUUUAUUUGUCAAAUGGCCAGAAUAAUACAAAUACCUCAGAGAUGGCUACCGAAGAAAUAAUAAUAAUUACUCUCAGAAACGCAGCACUUGCUAUAUACCUGCCCUGAAUGUUUUAACUGCAUGAACCCAUUUAUUAUUCCUGCCAACACUAUGAGAUAGGUACUUUUUAAUAUCCCAAUUUUAUAAAUUGCUAAUCUAAAUCGCUUACCACAGCACCCAACACGGAAAGGGCUCUCUGUAAAAACUAGAGAAGAAAAGAAUCCAAAACCAGACAUGGAGCCACAAUCCCUGUUUUUAAAACCCAGUUUUGCCACCGUUUUGAACCUUGGGUAAGGCAAACCUUCAUAGUCUCAACUUUCUCAUUUUUGAAAUGGACUGUUAAAAGGAAUAAGUGAGACAAAGACCGUGAAAGUACAAAUAUAGGUAGAAUUACCCCCCAAAUCAUCAUGACUAAAUGUAGAUGUUCAGAAAGGGUUAGAGUCGAUUUUUAACUCAAGCAUGUAAGACACCAGCAUGUUUCAAGCAGUGUUAGGAGAAAGAGUCUUAUGGGUGUUCAAUGGAUAAAGCCCCUCAUUUUCUACGGUUUUGUUACCACCAUGAAUAGUCUCUGAAAGUCAUGGUCUGUGACUUUCUCAAGUUCAGAGUAUUGUCUACUUUAACUAAAAAUGAAAACCCCUGUAGCUGGAGAAUUUAGUUCAUUUCUGGUUUGAUCCAGCCUAAGACAGCUGAGCUAGUUAAUUAGAGUGUUCCGUGUGAGUGACCGCCUUUUCUCUGUUAUAAAGUUCUCUUUUGUGAUCCUCCUGGACAUUCUGUGAAGGAGUAGCACCAUCCCAGUCCUGCACACUCUCAGGUUCUAUCCCUGGAACUCCUAUUUCAUGCUUGGGCUCACACAUAAUUGCCUCUGACCAUUAAAAUGAAAGUAGAGUGUUCCUCAGUCUGAUGAUCAGCUUAUACUUUAUAAAUUGUUUAGUGUUCCUUUUUAAUAUUUUGAAAUGUACAUUCCUCAGAGUCCUUUCUCUCUGUGAAAAUUACAAGUUCAGAGAUAGAAAUGCUAAUUAAAGCUGCCAUUGUCUUCUCAAAGGUAUGGUUCUUUUUCUUUUUCUGUACAUCAUAAUGCACAUGUACUCUCACACACUUCACUGGCUUGCUUCUAAUGGAGUACAGUCCGUCUUUGUGAAUUUCAGUUUAGGUUAUAUUUUCUUAUUUAAAGAAGUGUUUCCUGUUAAAAAUAAUUAAUAUAAUACAGCUAUAUGAUAAGCAGAAAAAUGGCUCUUAAAGAUGCAUAUCCUAAUCUCAGAAAUCUGUGGCUAUUUUAGGUUGUGUGGAAACAGAUAAUAAAGAUUGCAGAUAAAAUUAAGGUUGCUAAUCAGCUCACCUUAAAAUAGUAAUAUUAUGCUGCAUUGUGCAGAUGGGCCCCAUGUAAUCACAAGGAUAAGGGAAAGAGGGAGGCAGAAUAGUCGAUGUCAGAGCAAUGCAAUGUGAUAAAGACUCGACUGGUUGCUGCUGGCAUUGACAAGAGAAGGGGCCAAGACAACCAGGCAGCCUCUGGCAGCUGGAAAAGGCAAGAAAAUGGAUUCUUUCCCAGAGCCUCCAAAAGGAAUGCAGCCCUGCCAACUCAUUGAUGUUAGCCCAGUGAGAACCAUAUCAGACUUCUGACUUCCAGAACUGUAAAAUAAUACAUUUGUGUUGUCUUUAGCCACCCAAGUUAUGGUGAUUUGUUAUAGCAGCAACAGGAAACAAAUGCAAGCUAAUUUCAGCAUUAUAAUAACAUAGGUAGAAUGAAAAUAGAAAUCCGUUUCAUUUUCAGAAAUAAAAGAAAAUAAGCAAUCUCAGGCAGAUAAGCUGUAAUACAUUGACUGAUGGUAAGUUCUGGAAAACAUGUCAUGCCCAGAAGAGGAAUGAUUCCAUUUCCAGCUCUCUAGAUUUCUGUGUUUGGAGCUGAAGUAGGGGGAAAUUUCCUCCUCUUCCUCCUCCUCCCUUUCUCCUCCUCGUCCUUCUUCUUCCUGUUUUUCCUUAUCUUCUUCUUGUUCUUCUUCAUAAAGCUUUGUCCCUUUUGCCAAAUUAUUUAAUUCCAGUGUGGCCUUCAGUUUCACCACCUGCUAGCUUAUAGUGGAUCUUGGAAGCUAUUCCUAGAGUUUUCUGAUCUGGGAGGCACUAGCAUUCAUGAGAAUGCACACAGCUGUAAGCUUGAUGAGAGGGGGACUUCUCUGUUCAUUGAGGUUUCACCCAAUCUGAUCUUGCAGAUGAGGAGAAUGAUCCUGGUAAUAAUAGUGUCUGUGUGCGUGUGUGUUUAUGAGAGCCUGAGAGAGAGAGAGAAAGAGAGGGAGGGAACAUGGAUAAGCAAGGGAACUGGGAAUUUGGAGGUAUUUGAGGAGAAAAAUCUUGAGAACUAUACAAAAUAAUCUUUCCAUAUAGUCCCCACAACUGUUUAUAUUAAUGAAAUAAAGUAUACUCAAGAUAAUCAUUCGGUGUCUCUGGAGAUUUGGAAUGCCUUUAAGUCUAAGCCUGUUCAGUUUUGUUUCCCAAAGCUCUGCUAGGGUGCACAAAAUGAUCUAACGCAGCUCUGAGAACACCCAAGUCAGUUCGUGAGAACCUUGUGCCUAAGCACUGAGAGAAUCGAGUUGAAGAAGUGGUAUAUUCAGAGCAGCAGGGCACUGGCCCAAGUGAGCAGGAAGGUGUCACCAGGCCUAGGAACAGACCUAGAAGGUAGAGCCAAGACCCAGCCAUGACUGGUGCAACAUCCAUGGAGAUGCCAUUUGUCAUGCUUUUAAAACCACCUGCUCCGUUUUGAAGGUCAUUUGAAGCUGCAGCUGAGAAAGUCAAGCUAUAUGUCUAAUUAUAGAGGCCACAGAGAAUGGUAGACCAGGGAGAUAGGACUAACUGAAGAAUAAAUAAUCCCUUCCCACCCCUUUUCUAGAGCCCUCCUUUGUUCCUGUUUUAAAUCACAUCUCCUUGGCCGGCCAUGAGAAUCUCACAAGCAGAGAGCAAGCCCCAUCCAUUUUUAUAUGCUUGGCUCUCUCGCAGUGCCUGGAGUGAAGCAUUGUCUGCUUCUCCCUCUCUUUUCUUCCUGCCCUUUUCCUCUUCUCUUCUCUCCUCCCUUCACCUCUUCUCCAUCCUCCCUGCUCUAUCCUGAGCCCCUUCCCUUAUGACAUUUAUGUUUUCAUUGCUCUCUUGACCUUGCUACCAGGAAAGAACUUGAUGCUAAACAUUUACACUCUAGCAUGAUGUUAAAACAACAUCCUAUCUUCCUUUUUUUUUUUUUCGUUGCCAUGGAUUUAUUUUUUGCUUUACCAUUUAUGCAUAUGACAAGUCUCUGAAUCGUGAUUGCCCCACUUUUAAGAAAUACCAACAAAACAUCCUAUCUUUCUGAAGGUCAUUUGCAUUUUAAAUCUUGUUUUUGUUUGUGUAAUGGGAUCACAAUAAGAGAAAAUGGUGAUCUUGGCACAUACCUCCCCUCUGGUGUAAGAACCCUGGCUCCUUAGUGAGAAUUCCUGAGGUCAAGCCCUACCUUCUUGACUUCUGGCAGGUAGUCUUGGGCAAGUCACUUAAACUUUUGCAUCUCAGCGUUCUCAUCUAUACAAUGGGGUUAAUAAUAUUACGUAUCCUAUUGGGAUGUUGCAACAAUUCAGUGACACGGUUUAUGUAAUACACAGAGCACACUGUGUGUCAUAUGGUAGGGACUUGAUAUUGUUGUAAUACUAUUAUAAUGCAAUAAAGGAAGGGAUAAUCAUUAUUAUUAUCCUGGAGAAUCGCCACCCCAAAGUCAGCCUGGUGUGAUCAUAUGUGACAAAUACUUUUUGUAGAGAGAUCACAUCAAAGGAGAUAUGACAAAAGAGCCAGAAAUUGUAUGCUGGAUUAGAUUGGUCAACCCUAGUAACCUAUUCAUUUUAGGCCACAGGAAAAGUAAAUGUGAGCAGGCAAAAAAUUAUAAAUCUUAAGGAAAGCUUACAUUCUAAUGAAAAUUUUCAAAUUGUACUUCCACAUAAUCUUCUAAUUUGUUUAUAUGAAGAUUACAUACUUCACGUGCUUUGAUUAUAAAAUACAAGGGAAGUAUUUUUAAAAUAUAUUAGUGCAAUAUUUCUGUAAAUUUCUUAGGAUGGAAGGUAUUUUUCCCCUCAGUUCUUAAUUUGAAAAUCUAAUCGACCUUAUGGAUUCAAUAAGGCACUCAAAACAGAAGGUUGUCAUGUUUAUUGUUUAAUGGACAUCCAUAUACAUAUUUUAAAGAAAUCCAUUCAAGACACAAUUACUGCCCUUUCAGAAUGAGUCCUUCAGCUAAGUGAAAUAGCUGGAGUCAGAUCAUGUUUGAACAGAAACUUCAUCUAAGGAAUAUUUAGGCAUUUUUCAAGUAAUUGAGAAAACUCAAGACAGGAAGGCAUGAUAAUACUUUAAUGUGGAGGUAACAUUCGGGGUAGAAUACUGGGGCCUUGAGCGUGAAUAACUUUCAUAAUUUUGAUGAGAAAAUCUUAAGAUAUGAAGAGACAUUAAGGGUCACAAACGCCUUUUUUUUGUUGUUGUUGUUAUACUUGCCCUAUCAAGUCCUGAUGUUGGGAGACCUCUUCCAACUAUUGUCCAAUCUCAUUUUUCUCUCCUCGUAGGAGGCCGGCUUUACCACUGUCAUGAAUACUGCCCCUGUGAGUGCUCAUUUCUGUUCCUGGGAAAGUCACUCCUCCUCCCCUCAUUUUUAAACACCUAGAUUAGUCUACUCUCUUUAGUGGAACCUUCCAGAUAAUGCCAACCAUACUGAUGACUUGCUUCUCUUAGCUCCUAUUGACUGAAAGAAGAAACUUUUCUUUUAAAACUUCACUUCUUUUUAACUUCUCAACAUAUCUUCCUAUUUCCCCUGAACUAAAUAAGUCAGGGAUUAUGAAAAGCUAGAGGAUUCAAAGCCACCUUUGUUCACUUUCUAAGUUCUUGGCUUUGAACAAACCAAUUCUGCUCAUUUUUAAGCAUCCAUAAAAUUUUAUUUUAAAAGAUUAUUUGGUCUUUAAAUGAUUUCUAAAGGCUUAUACAAAUAUAGAUGUAGAAGAGGAAAAACAGUUUUCCCCUAUCUCUCUCAGGUUCCCUGGCAGGCCCCAUAAAUUAUACUGACAAAAGAUAAAUAGAAAAAAAAACUGAGUUUAUUUACAUAUGCAAUGUACUCAGUGAUGAGUAAAUCAAAGGGAUAGUUAGAAUUGAGGACUUAAAUAAUCAUCUUAAGAAAGGGUGAUAAAUUGUGAAGAUGUGACAAGACAAAGGAAGGGGGCUCUGGGCUUCUAGGAUGAUAAAUUUUGGAAAGGAAAAUAUAUGGGAAAAGCUAAUGAAAGAUAAGAUUUCUUUAGGAAGAUUUGUUAUGCAGACCCAACUCAGUAUUAACUUUCUAUUGGGUGAUUAUGGUUGUUUUCCUCCUCCUGAGCACAGAGGGAAUACCUUUAAAAAGAGAAAUUUACACAUUUAUACCCUGCUUUUAGGCAAAAAAAGAGAAGGAGAGAGUUUGUCCUGUGUUUGCUAUUUCUCAGUUGCCUUAAGCUCAAAAUAAUCCUUAUGCUAAAGUGGCAUAUUUUGGAGUGACAUUUUCUGAUCCCCUUCAUAGACUACUGAUCUUAAAUUUAAAUUUGAUUUAACUAGUUCCUAUAUGCCUUAUAAUUCUAUAUAUGUUUUUGGAGAGGGUAGGUAGUAAAUAUAUCUGACUUUAAUAUUUUUCUCAAACUUGAUACACUUAUUUUUGUAUAAUAUUUACACAAGGUUGAAAGUAUGAGGAACAUUUCUUAGUCAGAGAAUAUCACCUGGUAAAAUUUUAAACUCCAGCUACAGCAAAGAGGGAGAAAAGGACAAAUUUAAGGUUUCAGGGCAAUCAUCCCUUUUGAGAUUGUUUAAAGAAUCACAAUGGUUUGGUGCAAGAACAUUGAAAGUCUACUCACUGACCCUCUUUUCUUCAGACUGGUCGAUGGAUUUGGGCAUGCCUUGUUGAAGUGAGUUUUUACUUUCUUGAGAGUAUCUGUCAACAUUUUUCUUUCAUAGUCCCCUACCAGAGCCUCAGAUAAAGAGCCAUUCAAUGUGGUGCAGAGAGGCCUGGGAGUGGAGUGGUGAAUGGUGUGGUGUGUAGUGUCUGGCAGCAGGAGACCUACGUUUAAAUCCAAGUUUUGCUAAAUACCAUCUAGGAGACCUCAGGCAAAUCGCUUAACUUUUGAAACCCUGAAUUUUUUCCCUGAAAACAGAGUAAUAAUAUCAAUCUCAGGAUGUUAUGAAAGGAUUAAAUUAGUUAUGAAAGGAUUAAAUAUCUGUAAAUAUUUUAGAACAGAUACUUGUAAGUUCUCCAUAGAUGUCUCUGGCUUUUACUUUGGGACUAAAUCAGGUAUAAAUCCUGUUUAUUUCCUUUAUGGAAUAUGAUUUUGUGAAAAUAACUUAAUCUCAGCACCCCUUGGUUUUUAUUCUUUUUUGAAGUAGUGAUAAUAAUACCUAAUUUAUAGGCUUGGGGUGAGAUUAAACUAAUUUAUACACGUAAAGUACAUAAUAUAGUGCCUGGUUUAGAGUCCCUGAAUAGGAAAUGUUAGUGUAUUUUUUGGUAUUCCUUUCCCUUGAUAUAAAAAACAGACCUCUGCUAGACAACCAUUAUAAUGUAAAAAAAAAAAAAAAAAAAAAGGGUGGGAGAAGGGCAGAUGAGCAUGAGGAGGGAAAAACUUGAGUUUAUUUAUAUAUAACAAACUGGUUGCAAGUUACUGCAACAAAAUGAUUGAGCCAUAAUCUGGAGUUACUUUUUAAAAUAAUAUGCAGCCAACUAUUUUUUCCCAGGGUAGUCCUAGAAAAACAUCCUUCCCUAAAUGUCCCAUACUUCCCUAGACUUCUCAGAUGAAGCAUGAAACUCUUUUUAUGGUGCUGUUACCUUACAAAAUCUUGGGGGGUGCAUGUAAAAGAGCUCAUGACACCCUUCAGAGCCAGAAGAUCCUAUAGCCAGAGCCAAGAGGAAGAGCUCAGAAAACCAAGUAGUAAAGGUGGCUCAUGAUGAUAGAGACAGGCUAGAUCUCCACCACACUCAGCUGGUGGAUUCUAAAUUGGGAAUGCCAUUGUACUGAAUGGUAAAACCUGCCUGAAAUCAACAAAAAUCACAUCCAUGGAACUUUAUGUGAAUGUCAAGGAUGGUGGAGAUUUCAUCCUUGGAAAUUGAGAUGUGGCCAAUUUUAAAAUACUUUCGCUAAUUUCUCUAAAUCAAGAAAUUGAUUGACAAAUGUUUGAUGAAAGCUGCUGAUAGGUAUAAAGAGAAAAGCAUGAAUUUGGAAGCCAAAGUGAUGUUUGAAUUCUGGGUUUUCCAAUUGUGUGACCCCUCUCUGUACUUUGUUUUCAACUACAAUAUGGUAUUAUGUAGGAUUGAAAGGCAAGUUUACGUUUGACUUGACCAAAUUCAUUUCUUUAAUUUCUUUUAAACUUUGGACUUUGCAUAGCUAAAUAUUGGUGGGAAUUUCAGAGAAUGGUUACUGAAAGCAUUUCUUUUCCCAUCAACUACUAAGAUCUACUUCCCCUCCACUAGCUUUCUGAUACAACUGAAAACAAAAUGGAUGGAUGGAUGGAUGGAUGGGUAGUUGGGUGGAUAGGUACAAAGAUAUCUCUCAUAAAUAUAUUACCCGAAAUGAAAAGGACCAUUAUCAGGACCAACUUGGUGGCCGAGGUGUAUUUCUGAUUCCCAGAGAAGAAAAACAGCCCUGUGGGCUGUGCUGAUCAACAAGUCUUCAUGGGAAGAAGAUUGGAACUAGACCUUGGAGCAGGAGAGAAAACCAGGGAAGAGCAAAGUCACUUUCUCCAAGGAGACCCUGCAGAGCCUCUAAAGAGUUGGUACAUCCGUCAUAAUCCCACAGCUACCAUGUACUGGCGGGGAAAGCAGGGACAUCAGGGACUGGGCUAACCUCCCCACAAGCUCAGUUAAUUCUUCCAUCAGCCGUUAAAAAGAGGCAGUAACAUUCCUAUUUUAAACUGAGAAAACUGAGACUCAGAGAUGGAGCAGUUUCCCUGAGAUCACACAGCAAGCAAGAGACAGACCAGGAUUUAACCCAGGUCUACCUACCCCAGAGCUUAAAUAUGGCGUGCUACUUCCAGUCAUGAAACAGGCUACCAUUAUUGAUGGUCACCCCCUCUGUAAGUCUCCUUCCUGUCACCACCACCUGUCACCAAAUGGAGCUAGCUUUCCCAUCCAGUGCACCCACUGUGCCCUGAAGAGACAUCUGCUUAAGUGCUGGUGCAUUUGUUUAUUGAUCACAUCCCACUUCAUGCCUGCCCCCCCUAUUAAACUGUAAGCCCCACAAAGGGUAGGAUUGGGCAUUUUUCAUCAUUUUAUCAUGCGUGUACCAUUCGUAGCUCAUAGCAGCAGCUUCAUUAAUGUCAAUGAACAAAUGAAUGAAUGAAUGCCUCUCACCUUCCAGGCAUUAUGAUCACAGCUCCGCAAGUAAAUUAACCUCUUUAUGCUUUUGUUUCCUUACCUAUAAAAUGAAGAUGUUGAUAGUACCUACCACAUAGAGCUAUGGGGAUGAGUCAUUGUUGAUAAAUCACUAUAAUAUUGAUGAGGACAUAGUAAAUGUUUAGUAAAUUAACUAAUAUUUUGACCACAUUUAAUCCCCACAAUUUCCUUUAAAUGGAGAACUUUGGAGGAGAUAUUAUAAUCUUGACUUCUCAGGGUAGGGACUGUUUUCACAGUGGUUAAGUGUCUUGCAGAAGAUCACAAAACAAAUAAGAAGCAGAACUGAAUGUGCCCCGGGGGGUCUGAGAUGUUACUCAUAAGCCCUUAUGUUUCACAGUGAGUUCCACUUGCUAAAAACUCUUUCACACACACAGAGUCCCAGUGGAUUCUCUUCACCUCCCUUGUCAGGUUUGGCUUCUGCAGAGCAGAGAUCACCAGCAGAGUGAUUAAGCCACUGUGGACCUGGCAUAGCCCAGAGCCUGUGACCAUGCCCACACAGCUGCCCUGCCAUGCGGAGUGGCCUGGGGACAGCACACCCCCACACACACUUCCCAGUGGAUAAGAGUCACCUGCGCUUCUCCUUUAACAGCACGGACUCCAGGCUCCUUUGAAUCGCACUCUCCACAGUAGAGUGUUUUAACAAGCACCCCAGGUCGUUUUUAAUAUCAGGGAAGUUUGUGAAACUUUGCUUUGAGAGAGGCUGAGGCUACACUUUAAAGAGCAGUAGUGGCACCCACCCUCCAGGGGGCAGUUACCCAAGAGCAGAGUUCUCACAGGGCGCUGCUCCACCCCGCCCUCCGUCUGCGUUUGUAAAUGUAUUUGUAAAUGUAAGGGCUAAAUCGACCUCCCUAAUAAUGUCCCCCACCUGUCAGCGCAGACCACAACAGCAAGUGGAGUGGCAGGGGGCAGCUUGACAAAGUCACUUAAUCAUCGAUCCUCCACUCUGGCACUUUGUCCCUAGAAAAGCUGCCCAUGCUCUUCCACUGGGGCUUUCUGAAGGGGCUGUGAGCACCAGCCACCAGCACUGAUUUCCUUUCCUGGCAUCCAGAGAGGGGGCUGAGAUUUCUCCCGGGAGGAGGCUCUGGGAGGAGAGAGCAGCUGCCAUGGCAAAAAGGGGGCAUUCGCAAGCUUCCCAGGCAGCAAACUAGCGCGCAGACAGACCUGCCCCAGCCUCGCGUCCUCGGCAGAGGAGCGCCACCGUGCUCUCCAGGGCAAGUCUCCUGGGAGUGUCCCUGCUCUCCGCGGACAUUGCUAAGUCUCCAGUUCUCCAACAGAUGUGGAGAACUCUCAGCUCUGAAGUCGAAGUACUAGCCCGCUGGCUGCAGCGCAGAGGCGAGAGAGGUCGGUGCGCUGUGGCUGGGGGGAGCCCUGCCAAGCAAAUGCCAGGAUCAGCAUGAGAGGCUGGACUUUAGCCCAGGUCUGUCCUCACCCCGGGGGGCCGCCUGCUUCGCAGGGUGCAUCUGCGAGGAGCUGCUCACUUUUCCCCCUUGCAAGUCUUUGUUCCAAGCCAGACGCUGCUCCGCUUCUCUAAUUAGCUCCCUCCCAGCUCCAAAGGGGUCCGGAGGCUGGGAUGCUCUGCCAGCUUAGAGGAUGUUGACUCUGGAGUGGGAGUCUGAAGGACUGCAAACAGUGGGUAUUGUUGUGAUUAUAUGUGCAUCUCUGAAGCUGCUUCAUUUGCUGGGACUGAUUGAUUUUUCGGAAGACAGCGUGGAAGAUGAGCUGGAGAUGGCCACCGUCAGGCAUCGGCCUGAGGCCCUGGAGCUUCUGGAAGCCCAGAGCAAAUUCACCAAGAAAGAGCUUCAGAUUCUCUACAGAGGAUUUAAGAAUGAAUGCCCCAGUGGUGUUGUUAAUGAAGAAACCUUCAAAGAGAUUUACUCGCAGUUCUUUCCACAGGGAGACUCUACAACAUAUGCACAUUUUCUGUUCAAUGCUUUUGAUACGGACCACAACGGAGCUGUGAGUUUCGAGGAUUUCAUCAAAGGUCUUUCCAUUUUGCUCCGGGGGACCGUACAAGAAAAACUCAACUGGGCAUUUAAUUUGUAUGACAUAAAUAAAGAUGGCUACAUCACUAAAGAGGAAAUGCUUGAUAUAAUGAAAGCAAUAUAUGACAUGAUGGGGAAAUGUACAUACCCUGUCCUCAAAGAAGAUGCUCCUAGACAACAUGUGGAAACAUUUUUCCAGAAAAUGGACAAAAAUAAAGAUGGGGUCGUUACUAUAGAUGAGUUCAUCGAAAGUUGCCAAAAAGAUGAAAACAUAAUGCGCUCCAUGCAGCUCUUUGAAAAUGUGAUUUAACUUGUCAAAUAGUUCCUCAAUCCAACAGACAAAUGUGAACUAUUCUACUUAAAAGUUGGAGCUACCACUUUUAGCAUAGAUUGCUCAGCUUUACACUGAAGCAUAUUAUGCAAAUAAGCUUUGUUUUAAUAUAAAGCAAUCCCUACAAGAUUUGUUUUCCAGUUAUAAUAAAUUUGCAUCCUUUUCAUAAUGCCACUGAGUUCAUGGAAUGUUCUAACUCAUUUCAUACUCUGUGAAUAUUCAAAAGUAAUAGAAUCUGGCAUAUAGUUUUAUUGAUUCUUUAGCCAUGGGAUUAUUGAGGCUUUCACUAUCAGUGAUUUUAAAAUAUUAGUGUUUUUUGCUACUCAUUUGUAUGUUUUCAGUCCUACGAUUUUAAAUGAUUUUCUAAAAUAUUAACAUCUGCAUUUAAUUUCCAGAAAUUAAAUUAAUUUUCAUGUUUGUAUGCUGUAAUUCCAUUUAUAUACUUUAAGUAAACAAAAUUACCACAGUUUAAAAAAACCUACAUAGUCCCAGUUUCUAUGGAUUUGCCAUCAUCAAAGACAUUAAUUUAUCUGGCAUUUUUAAUAACAUUUAACAAAUUAGUUUAUUACCACAUAUCAGCAUAUGCCUAAUAAAAGUUAUUUUAAUAAGCAUUUCUUAAUUUUCCACAAUACAUAUUACAACAAAGGCCUACAUAAUAUAGAUAAUUUUGGAUUUGUUCAAUCUUACAUGCCGUUUUCUAUCAUGUCAUUAAGUGGAAGUUCAGGAAGGCAUGAAACAAAGCAAGGAUGUUUACAAAUGUAUGCAAAAGGUCAGGGUAUCUGUCCUCCAGUACAUAGUAAUGCUUGAUAACAAGUAAUCCUUAACAGCAUUAAAGGCCAUUUCCAUCUCUUUCCCCUGACUUCCGCAUAGCAUGUUUAUAUUUCAAGCCAAUUCAAGAACAAAGAGACCUUGGCUACCCCAAUGCCUACUAGGAACAAACAGCAAGCAAAAUUCACUUUGAAAGCACCAGGGAUUACCUUAUAUUGAGAGCUACUAUCAAGAUUUAGUAGAAAAUGAAUAUAAGUGCUGAACAACUCAUCUGGAUUACAUUAUGAUUUAGCUCAUCAUAAAACUCCAACAAUCCAGAUUCUAAUGAUCUUAAGCAAGACUAUACAGUUGCCGCAUUACUGAAAAUAUACACACUUUCUCUGUUUUGUAGAAAUAUCACAAAGACCAAGAGGCUACAGUAGGAGGAAAUUUGCAACUGUCUUUGCAACAAUAAAUCAGGUAUCUAUUCUGGUGUAGAGAUAGGAUGUUGAAAGCUGCCCUGCUAUCACCAGUGUAGAAAUUAAGAGUAGUACAAUACAUGUACACUGAAAUUUGCCAUCGUGUGUUUGUGUAAACUCAAUGUGCACAUUUUGUAUUUCAAAAAGAAAAAAUAAAAGCAAAAUAAAAUGUUUAUAACUCUA